AUGAAGAAUAAAGUACUACUACCUAUUCAAUUAUGUAGUAAAAGAUUUUCAUCAACACUUCCAGAUAAACUAAAAACAUUGAAUAAAUUUAAUUUUCCUAUACAACAACAUUCUUUCAAAUCAAUUAAUGAAAACUUAAAUAAAUUCUUGAAUGAUAAACAAUUGAAAAUAACUUUAAAUGGUCAUGUACAUAAAAAAACAAGGAUACGGCCAACUUUAAGUUUUGGAUUUAUAAGAGAUAUCGAUGGUAAUGUAAUACAAUUUGUUACAAAAGAGGAUACACCCAUUGAAAUUUGUGAUACUAUUAAAGAAUUAACUGUUGAAGAAUCAAUAAGUGUAACUGGAUUUAUUCAGCAAAAACUUUUGGCAGAGGGAGAAACAGCUAAAUGGGAAUUAGUUGUUGAGGAUUUAAAAAUCUUAAACGAAUCAAAUAUAGAUGCUCCAAGAUUGGAUAAAUUAAAGCAUAAAAAUCCACAAGAUUUACCACCACAAUUUAGAUAUUUACAAUUAAGAACUUCAUUUUUCCAGAACUCUUUGAGAGUACGAAGCAAAAUUGCACAAUUAGUAAGAAACUUGUUAAUUGAUAAUCAUGAUUUUGUUGAAAUUGAAACCCCUUUAUUAUUUAAAUCAACUCCAGAAGGUGCAAGAGAAUUCUUAGUCCCCACGAGAUCAAGAAAUCAAUUUUAUGCGUUACCACAAUCUCCUCAACAAUAUAAACAAAUUUUAAUGAGUUCAGGGUUUACGAAAUAUUUUCAGAUUGCAAAAUGUUUUAGAGAUGAAGAUUUAAGAUCUGAUAGACAACCUGAAUUUACUCAAAUUGAUUUGGAAAUGAGUUUUGUUAAUAGUUCAAAUCAAGUUAUGAAAGUCCUUGAGGAUUUAAUCUUGAAAAUUUGGGGAAAAUUCAAACAACAACCAAUGUAUGUUUUGGGCGAGAGUGGAAAUUUGGAGCAAAUACCAACAGGUGAUCAAUCACAUUCAAAUUUUAAAAACUUAACUUAUAAGGAAGCAUUGGAGAAAUUUGGAAUUGAUAAACCGGAUUUAAGAUCUAAUCUUAGCUUCAUAAAUCUUGAAAACCAUUUUACAGCUAUAGAAAAUGAGGAAUUUCCAAUUGUUGAAAUUUGCAUAUUGAAAAAUGCUUUCACUCCAGACUCAAAAAAGCAUACAAAAGUUCCAAAAGCUUUGAUCGACAACUUGGAAUAUAAGAGAAGAAAACCCUAUGUUUUUACAAUGAAUAAUGAAAAUGAUAAAUCAGAUUGGAUAGGUCUUUUGAUCAACAAAAAGUUUAUGAAGCCAACCGAGAGUUAUAAUGAGUUAAAGUUGUUGUAUUCUUUGAACUUACAGCCAGGGGAUAUUAUAGCUGUCUCGACAAGGGCGGAUUUACCUUAUGAAAAUCCAACACCAUUGGGAAAAUUCAGACAAAUUGCAAUAAAAGAAUACCCAACUAAAUGGCAAAGACCAAUACAAGAGCAAGAUUCAGUAAUUAAUGAGUAUCCACGAGAAGAUGUUUCAGUUGCAUCCUGGGUAGUCGAUUUCCCACUUUUCAACCCAGUAGAGCUUAAUGAAGAAGAUUCAUUUGCACCAUACCCAAAAUAUGAUUACUCAAAGUAUCAAUCAACUCACCAUCCUUUUACAAUGUGUAAAUUAGAAGAUUAUGACUACUUGGAAACAAGUCCCUUAAAAGUAAAAGGAGAGCAUUAUGAUUUGGUUAUAAACGGAGUGGAAGUAGGAGGAGGUUCAAGAAGAAUACAUGAUCCACAAUUACAACAAUAUAUUUUUGAGAAUGUAUUGAAAAUUAAUAAUUGGGAAUUAAAAUUUGGUCACCUUAUAAAAGCUUUAAGUAUGGGAUGUCCACCACAUGCUGGAUUAGCUUUGGGGUUUGAUAGAUUAUGUGCGAUGAUUAUUGGAAGUUCAAGUAUUAAAGAUGUUAUUGCAUUCCCUAAAAAUCAAUCAGGAGUUGAUAAAAUUGUAGAUAGUCCAACUUCUGUUAGUGAAGAUACUUUGAAGGAGUAUUAUAUAAAAGUUAAUGACGAUAAUGAGAAAUUGUAA